GAAGGGGAAGGAAAGGAGGGAGGGAAGGAGAGAGGGAGAAAGCGAGGGGAAAGAGAAGAGGCAGACCAUGAAGGAGCGGCACGGGAGAGCGCAGGAGCGAGGGGCAGCAGCUCGGCGAGCGGCGGCAGGAGGGCCGCCCCCACCGCCCGGGGCUGCGGGCUGGGCAGAGGCGGUGGGGAUGGGCGGGCGCAGGGCGGCUCCGCCAGCCGCCGUCCUCCGAGGCUCGGCCACCUCCCGCCGCAAUAUAUAAGGGAGGGAAAGCUAGCGGAGCGCGGGUGUCCAGCGUGGCCAAAGCGCACGGGGCUGUGAUGCCUACUGCCAUAGGAGCGCACAAGUGACCAGAGCCUCUUCCCAUGCCCGUCUCCUGAAGCAACUCCCCCCGCCCGGCAUGGAUGUGGCCAACAACACUACCUCCCCAGAGCUCUCCUCCGAGGGUGCCGGCGGCCCCGGCUUCGGCGAAGUGACUCUGGGCUACCAGCUGCUUACCUCCCUGCUCCUGGGAAUGCUCAUUCUGUGCGCCGUGAGCGGCAACGCCUGCGUGAUCGCGGCCAUCGCCCUGGAACGCUCCCUCCAAACCGUGGCCAACUAUCUCAUCGGCUCGCUGGCCGUCACCGACCUCAUGGUAUCCGUGCUGGUGCUGCCCAUGGCGGCCCUCUACCAGGUGCUGAACAAGUGGACACUAGGUCAAGUCACCUGCGACAUCUUCAUCUCGCUGGACGUGCUGUGCUGCACCUCUUCCAUCCUGCACCUGUGCGCCAUCGCCUUGGACAGGUACUGGGCCAUUACGGACCCUAUCGACUAUGUCAACAAGCGAACCCCCCGACGGGCAGCCGUGCUUAUCAGCCUGACCUGGGUCAUCGGCUUCUUGAUUUCCAUCCCACCCAUGCUGGGCUGGAGGACGCCCGAAGACCGCUCGGACCCCGACGCCUGCACCAUCAGUAAGGACCAUGGGUACACCAUCUACUCCACCUUUGGCGCCUUCUACAUUCCGCUCCUCCUCAUGUUGGUCCUUUACGGCCGCAUCUUUAAGGCAGCCCGCUUCAGGAUCCAAACUGUCAAGAAAGUGGAGAAGAAGAAAAUCGCGGACACCUGCCUCACCCUCUCCCCCUCCGUCCUGCAGAAGAAAAGCAGUGGGGAGCCCGGCAAGGGUUGGCGGCGGACAGCAGAGCUCAAGCCUGGUGUCUGUGUCAACGGCGCUGUGCGGCAUGGCGAGGACGGGGCUGCCCUGGAGAUCAUCGAGGUCCAGCGCUGCAACAGAUCCUCCAAGAGUCACCUGCCGCUGCCCAGCGAAGCGUGCAGCUCCCCGCAGCCCCCCUCCUUCGAGAAGCGCAACGAGAAGAACACGGAGGCCAAGCGAAGGAUGGCUCUGUCUCGCGAAAGGAAGACUGUCAAGACCCUGGGCAUCAUUAUGGGCACCUUCAUCCUGUGCUGGCUGCCUUUCUUCAUCGUGGCGCUGGUCCUGCCCUUUUGUGACAGUAAGUGCUACAUGCCCGAGUGGCUGGGUGCAGUCAUCAACUGGCUGGGCUACUCCAACUCCCUUCUCAACCCCAUCAUCUAUGCCUAUUUCAACAAAGACUUCCAAAGUGCUUUUAAGAAAAUUAUCAAGUGCAAGUUUUGCAGGCAGUGAAGCCCGCCGCUCCGGGACAGGGCACCUGCCACUCGCUCCAUCCACCUGGCUAGCGCUGCAGUGUCCCGCUCGCCCAGCCCCUCUACAACAGCGGCAGAAGGGCAGGGGGUUCAGGAUCCCGCUCUGCGCCCAACUCCCUCCCUCCUCUGACCGUUGGACAAGCCUCGCUGGCUGGGUCACCGGGGACUCCGUGGCCGCUCUCUCCUCGCCUGGCCUCCCGAGCUCCGCUGCCAGGCGCUGGAGCUGCCACAGCCCCUCGCUCGCCUCCCCCAUCAUUCUGGAUAGCCUUAGGGUUUUCAGGAAGUUGCUAGUGGUCGGUGUACAGCCACAGGGUCUGCCCGAGUAGCAGCGUUAAAAAUAAGAUGAAAAAUGCAGAAAACCGCCGCUGACGGGUUUGUUGGAUUUAAGAGGAGACGGCGGGGGUUCAAAUCCCGACCUCGGUCCGACAGCGUGAGCACGGAGGCUGAAGGUGACUCCUUGAGCGGAGACAGGAGCUUUGGGCUCGUCCCUUCUUGAACUCUGAAACAACCAAGUGGAUUUUCUUGGGGGGGGGAAAGCGAAUGUGUUUUGUAACCUUGUAAGGUACUUAACAGCAACAUCCCCGUCUGUGUUACGUGUGCGUAACCUCUCUCCUGCUAUGCUAGGACCUUCCAGUCAUCGAGCUUCCCUUCAUCACAGCGCAGGGAGGUGAUGGAGCUUCAACCCCGACAGCAUCCCUCACUAUAUGGGGAUCUUUUGUAAUGCCUUUGACCUAGGGUCUCCUACCAGGGAUAGGCUUGGCGCUGUGCGACUGUCUGUGAGUUCACCACCGCGCACGCAGCGACACAGUGAGUUUAAGCAGCCUGUGAAAUAGCUUUUCUUUUUUUUUAUUUUUUUUAUUAUUUUUUUUUUUUAAUUUUUAAGGCCGCUGGGGAGUUUUCCCGGAGACGUUGUGGGUUGCUCCGGAGGCAGCCAGCGGCACCUAUUACUUGGGGAUAGAAAAAAACCACAACAUAAAACAAAUAACAAAUACCAACAAACAACAAAACGGACUAAACCGAUCAACCAAAACAUUGCCAUGUGCUCCCGGAGGCAGGGGAGGGAGGGAGCGGGCAGCCACAGCAGAGUGA